UUGCGCUCAAAUACAUUUGAUGUCACCGAACUCGAACGGCUACGACGUGAGGCUGUUCCUUCAUCGGGUGAAAAUGCUGCGGCUGAGGAUGCGGCGCCACAACUUGCCGAGCAAACGGCAAAUGUGGAUGCCGCCGUGAAUACGCCAGUUGUGGUUGAUUCAAACGAUGAUGGAACAGUCGCCCAGGAACUGGAACUAGAGCAAAUGAGGAGUACAUUGGAAGAGGCGAUUGUGAAAACGCGCAGUACGACUCUCGAAAAUCGACCGCGACUUCCCCGCUUAGCCCUAAGCAAGCGGAAUCGGGCUGUCGUGAGGGCUCUAAACCCAAUGCUGGUUACCUAUUUGGAAGCCAGCCGGGACCUUUGCGAGACGGACUCAAUUCUUUUUGGCGCUGCACUGGCAGUCUGCCGUAUUAUAGGUGCCAAACUUUCCACGGCUGGACGCGCUACUUGA